AAAUGUUUUCCCGACGAGCCUCUUUAUGCGGGACACGCGCUGUUACCUAGCAACUCCGGAUGCGCUCGUGAAUGGGAAAACAUGGCAAAGUUUGUUCUCGCAGGAAAGGCUGAUUGCCCUUAUUAUGCGAAGGCUGAGCUUCUGGCUGAUCUGCUGCAAAGAAACCUGCCUGAUUUUCACAUUCACAAGAUCUGCGUGCACCCCAGUGACUGGGAGAAAUGGUUGGAGGACGCCUGUGCGUCAAAUGGCUGGGAGCACUCAAGUUCUCCUCUGGUGUGGAGGGAGCUGACUGAUCGUGGAGGGAAGGGAAUGCUGCUCGGAGGAUUCAGUGAUUUCUUUGAACAUGCUCAGGGUUACUAUGGCAUCACUUCAGAUAUGAACUCUGAUCUGAUGCAAAAAAUUUCUGUAGAGAAUGGACAAACUAAAGAGCUGUGUAUAGAAGAGGACAUCCACAGGCACGCAUCUGUCAGACCUCUGCACAUCUGGAUCAGCAGUGCCCUGAACCCCAUCUGCUACAGUCUCGUCCCUCAGUUGUUCUCCCCGGGGCUGUUUCCGGGUCUCCCCACCUUCAGCCUUCACCUCAUGGAUGCUAAUGCCUCUGAGGAAAUGCUACAAGGACUCAAGAUGGAAACGGAAGACCUUGCUCUGCAUCGGCUACAUGAAGUCACUGUCCAUUCAGACCUGACGCAAGCAUUUCAGGAAGCCCACUUUAUCAUUUUUCUGGAUGACCUGCCGCCUGUGUGUGAAAGUAAUGAUGAGCAGGAUGACGAGGACCACACGGUGAGCCGGGUGGCGGAACGCUUUCGCUGCUAUGGGCAACUCAUCGAGGCUAAUGCACAGAAAGACGUAAGAGUGUUAGUAGCAGGAGACUCCUUCGUUAAUUUGAAGUGCUUACUGUUAAUCGAGAACGCUCCUUCUGUCGACCCGCACAACUUUGUGGUGAUGACAACACAGCUAGAAUAUGAGGCGAAAACUCAACUUGCACAGAAGUUGUCAGUGAAAACCUCAGACAUCUCUAAUGUCAUUGUAUGGGGGAACAUCAGUGGCAGUUUCCAUGUCGACCUACAGAGGGCCAAGGUCUUCAGAUAUGAUGGAGCAAUUUGGGGACCAGAUGGUUUUUCUCAGCAAGUCAUGGAAAUGAUUUACGAUCGGAAGUGGCUGCAGACAGAUUUUAUGAGUUUGGUGCAUAAACACCGUACCGCGAUUUCAUCAAAGACCAACAAAGCCACAGCAAUAUCUACAACAAAUGGAAUAAUGACCCUUUUAAAGGCCUGGAAUAACGAUGCAUCUCCAGAGGAUCUCUUCUCAUUGGGUGUAAUUAGUACAGGGCAGUUUGAGAUUCCAGCAGGUUUCGUGUUUUCUGUGCCUGUGAGCUUCAGGGACGGACGCUGGUCAGUGCGCUCGGAUGUUACUGUGACAGAUGAGCUGAGACAAAACCUCAGCGCUUGUGCCGAGGAACUGAAAAGGGAGAGAGACAUUGCUGUUCGAAUACUGAAGAUGCGUGACAGUUCUCCAAAAGCAGACUGCAAUGGCCUUCAGUAACACAUCAUUAUUCUAAUCCGAGCGUCUUUUAAAGCUAUAUCUAGGUUAGUUAGCACCUGAAAGCUUAUAUGGCAUAUAAAAAGUUCAGCUCAAGUCAUGACGGACUGUCGGCCUUCAAUUUAAGGCAUGGCUUUUUACAGAAUGUCGGAAUAUUGGAUGGUAAACACGAUUCUUUUGUGUUUUUGUGCUAAAUGCAUAAUUUAAAUAUGCAUUCUCAGAAAAGGCCACUGACCUAAAGGCAGUACCUAAAUAAGUACCAUUAAGUUCUUAUAUGCACAAGUACUAAGUAGCAUUCUUUCUAAAAGUCUAAAAUUCAACAAUGUUAAAAACCACUGCAUUACAGGAACAGAGUUAAACUUUUGUUUGUGUGUGUUUUAAGUUCUUGACUGUAUAACUUUUAGAAAAAAAAGGUGUUUUUACAUUUUUAGUUGACAAAUAUUUCCAAUAAUUCUGAAACAUAAUACACGUCAUACUUCAAAAUGUUUGUUUUUUCAAUGCCAGGGCAUUGCUAUGCUGUUUUUAGUGUGUUGCUAUGGGGUUGCUAGGGUCACCUAGGUGGUUGCCCAAGUAAAACGGACCCAUAUCUGAA